GGCUUUGCUGAGUUCACUUGUUCACUCAGAGUUCUUUCCCACUUCUUUGCUACUCUUCUCUCAGAUUUACAGAAAGCGUUUAUCAUUUUUCAGCGUGCAGCCUCGAGGUGCGCGGGCGUGCACUUUAUUGUCAGUGGUAGUCUGCUUUUUAUUCCCCUUUUUGCUUUUUAGUUUUUGCACAAAUCAGUUAGUUUACUUCUGCGAGUCUCUGCGCGCCUCUGACUCUUCUCUCCAGCAUGGAUUUAAUUUGGAUUGCGGGCUUCGUUGCGAGCUUCUGCGCCUGGUUUGCCUCGGCGGAGCGGCACAGCGUCUACUGGAACAGCACCAACCCAAAGUUUCAACGGGACGACUAUGCUGUGGAGGUGAAGCUCAAUGACUACCUGGACAUUGUUUGCCCUCACUACCCUCUGGGCGAGGUGCCGCAGGUGGACGCCGAGCGGUAUGUGCUGUACAUGGUGGAGCGUGAAGAUUAUGUGUCCUGCAAGCCCCAGUCAUACGACCAGAUGCGCUGGGAGUGCAGCCAUCCAUUUGCUCCUCACGCUCCAGAGAAGUUCUCCGAAAAGUUCCAGCGUUUUACUCCAUUCACGUUUGGGAAGGAGUUUCGUCAGGGAGAAAGCUACUAUUAUAUCUCCAAACCUUUGCACCACCACGGCAAAGAGUGUCUUAAGCUGCGGGUGGACGUCAUUGCAGCUGAUGGCUCCCAGGAGGCCAGAGUUGCCAACAAAGGUACAGGCGGGGGUGGAGUUGGAGCAGGGGGUGGUGUUCACAACCCUUCCAACAAACCUGCAGCAGAUGAUCCAGUUGCAGUCCUUCCAAAUGUCCAAAGUGUCCACUCUGCAGCUGCAUCUACGUCGCUCUCAGUCGUCUCAUUGCUAGUCCCUUUACUACUUUUGUUACACUGAAAUGAAGCGAAAAGACUUACUUUUUUUCAGGGACUAGAGUGAAGACAGUCUGUGGGGUUGGAAACCACGGACUUAAAAUAAAAAUAUUACCCAAUGCUGGCCGCUGGGAGAGACUUUCAGAACUUGUAAAGUACAGAUGGACCCUCAUUGAGCAUUUGAGACAAAGUUUUUGUGCUUUGUCUUGUUUUCCAGAAGAUCACAGUAUUUUAUUUUAUUUUUUAUUUUUUGAAAGCCUAGCCCUAUUUGAGUUGUAUUUGUCUGGAGGGCCGUGCAACAACAUUUUUGCAGGACACAUUCCUUCUAAAACUAUGAAGAGGAAGAAGAUAUCAACAUGGAUGAAGAACAACCAAGAGCACAAACACUAACUUGACCAUCUAGGUUUUGGAUUUCUGAACUCGAGCCAAAGAUCAGCCCUCUUUCUAACUUGUACACUAUUCCACCUUUGAAUAUUGUGUGCUGAUUUGUUGUGUUAUUGUUACUGAGUGCUGUUGAUGUCUCAAGUGAUUACUUUUCUCUAAAUGUAGCAUUCAUACACACAGGAGCUGUUCUCAUCACCACCGUUGCUUUGUGGACCAUGUGCUUACACACUGUAGCACUAACAAACUCACAUGCAGCGGCUUUAAGAAGGCUUCACACACUGGUUACAACGACAAGCUUUUAAAAUAAAUCACUUUUCAGAUCCUUUCCUGUAGAAUAUGUGACAUUUAGCCUGCACAAUUCAACUGAAAAACAAAACAAUCAGCAGGAAAAUAAUAAGCUUGGCUGCAUAUUUGAGCAUAUUCUGAAGCGAAGCGCCUUUUAAUUCAAUUUCAGCAUUUAAUCAAAUUUAUUUGGUAAUAUUUACCUGCUCUAUGUUGAAGGAUUCCUCAAAUCUGUCAUAUUGUGAGGACAUUUCUUUGCCCUCUUCAGGUGGCCUGUCCAGAUUUUCUUUGAAGCUUAGUUAUCUACUAAUCUAAAGCCACGUUACGUUCCAAAACACCUAAAGGUUUUUGAAACCAUCGUGCCACAAAAGCUUAAGUUUAGUUUUUUUAGACUAAAACACAUUUUUCCAAAAGCUUCUGGAGGUUUUUUGUCACAUGUGGAAACCAACAGCUCUUUCAGUGUUGUUGCAUCCUUUCCUGAUCAGGUUAUGUCUGCUUUGUUUUUUUCAUUUCAGUGAAAUUAAAUUUUUUUGUAAUGUUCCUGCAUUUCCACACUCUCUCAAAUGAUUGAUGUCUUCUGUCGCCGUUACAUAGUGCAUAUAAAAUGCUCUUAAUUGAUAUCUUGUUUUGUAAACCUCUGCAAACUAUAACUUUAUCUAAGGGAUGCAAAUGUCAAGAAAAUCCUCAAAUUUAAAAUCCAUUAUUUUGUAGCCAACUUUUUUCUAUUUAGUCUCAAAAAUAGACAGUUUCACUUGAAUUGUGCAAGAAAAAUGUCAGAUUGUAUGUGGAAAAAGUUUUCAAUCUUAUUGUCAUUUUAACAGGGGUGUGUGUAGGCUUUUCGGAAGCCGCUGUAGUUCGAACACUGACGCACACCUCCACCUGAUGCUGUGUGAACACACACUACAUCCUUUUACGUGUACAUUCUGUGAAGAUAAUUUAUGACAUUUUUUUGCAGCUCAGAAGUUUUACUGUACAUACCUUGUGCUCACUAAAUGUAAUGUUUACUGAUGGCGAUGAGUGCCGGGGGCGCGGUAUUUGUGUGAAAGGGAAUGUAUAUGUGCGUGUGCGUGUUGAACUGAAAAUAGGAGAAUGUACUUGAGCUGUGGGGAGUUUUGAUUUGAAAGAGUGUCGAGGCAAAAUGUUCUGCAAAUAGCAAAAACACUGAGAUGAUGACGUGUAUCGAGGAGAGGCUGGUCUUCUCCGUUAGCUGGGUGAAGCCACUGUAACGGUUAAACUCUGACAUGAAGGGCUGGUUGGAAAUCUUUCUUUGUGUUUAGUUUUUGAUCUCUCUCAUAAAACAAAUUGUCACCAGUUCACAGCAGAACAGGACACAGCAUCGAACGGAGUUGCUAAGCUCAUCUUCAAAUGACCAGAAACGACAAAGCACAACAGUGUAUGACUACCAUCUUUCUCUUCUUAUUUUUUACCUGAACUCUCGUUGCCUAAUUUUGUACAUGUGUAAGUAAGAGAAGUGUAUAAUAUGUCCAUAUGUGUAUAUAAAUAUAGAUUAUAUAAAAAAAAACAGUUUGAUAAAUGUGAAACAUUUUCAUGUGAAAUAAAAA